CGAUCGUACCCGUCAAAGGUUGUAUUGCUCUGUUUAUAUUGUUUUUUACUUCUACUAGUAUCUGAUUGCCCUAUUGAAUGUAUCAUUCAGUAUAUCUUUUAACAGUGAUUCAAAUAUUUUGAUCACUUAAUGAUAUAAGACCUUUUGUUCAGAUAAAACUGUAGAGUAACAUGUUUUCGCGAUCUAUAAAAAAACGAUUAAAUACACUCAUCCUUGAACAUCUCUAAUAAUUUGUUCAGUACUAGCUAUAUAAUCAUACUUUAUUGCAGAUAUUUUUCUUAUUAUUUAUUAGCUUUUUCUGAACUUGUAAAAUAUAUAAUACACAGGCAAUUAAUUUAUGAACUACAGAGUAAUUCAGUACAAUAACAUUGUUAUUUUGUUAAUGCAUUAAAUGGUUUAUUCCUAACCAAAUUUUGGACCAUUAUUUAGUGAUAUCUAUAAGCCAUCACUGACGACAAGAUGAUUUGUUUCUAUUUCAGGCCAUGGAUCGUGCUCCAAAUUUGAAUGAUUUGACAGAAAUGGAAAUUAUUCAGCGGUACAGAUUUGACAUGAAUGGCAUCUUAUAUCUUGAACAGUUAAUCGGGAAUGGAAUCACCCCAAAAGUGAAUAGAAAUAAUGCCAUAAGUGCCCGGCAGAAAAUAUUAAUCACAUUAAGGUACUAAGCAACUGGGCCUAUACAAUUAAAUGACAGUGACUUACACAAAGUAAGCCAACCAACUGUUUCUAGAGUUUUGACUAGAGUCAUUGAUGUCUUAUCAUCGCCAGAUAUUGUGAGACAAUUUAUUAGAUUCCCAACAAUGGAUGAUCAGUUCAGGCGAAACUCAUUACAGUUUCAGGGAAUCGCCCGAUUCCCGAAUGUUAUUGGAGUGAUCGAUGGGACCCAUAUUGGAAUUAAGGCUCCUCAUGAACAUGAAGAAGUGUUUGUGAACAGAAAGGGUGUUCAUAGCAUAAAUGUUCAAGUAGUGUUCGAUCCUUUUCAUAGAAUUAUAGAUGUAGUUGCGAGAUGGCCAGGAUCGGUCCAUGAUAGCAGGGUGCUCCGUGAAAGCGGUUUAUUUGAAUUGUUUGAAGGGGGGCAUGCAAAUGGAUACUACUUGUUGGGAGAUAGUGGAUAUCCAGCUAAGAGAUGGCUGCUAACCCCCUACCUGGCACCACAGAAUGCAACAGAAGAAGGCUACAACCGAAGUCACAAAAUCACACGAGCUCUUGUGGAGAGAUCUAUUGGACAACUUAAGAAAAGGUUUGGUGUCCUCCAUGGAGGAAUAAAUUUGGAGCCACAAAAAGUUUGCAAGGUGAUUGUAGCAUGUUGUGUUCUGCACAACAUCUGCAAAGAGAGAGCAAUCCCUAUUAACGGUGAUGAUGAUUCUGAUGACGAGGAUGAUAAUGCAGAUGAUCAACUGGCACAGGGAGUGCAGCAACCUCCAAAUGUGGCGGGGAAUAGAUUCAGGGAUCAUGUUGCAGCAACAUAUUUCAGGCCAUGAUUUCCAUGCAGGUGCUGCAGUGACUGCAGCCGUUGUUGUUAGUGUUGUUGCUGCUACAACUUUCAGAACAGUUGACAAUGUAACUUGUGGAAAUAUCCUGUACCGGCUGUAGUGGCUCCUCGUACAGUCUGACAUUAAGAAAUAAGAAAUUAUUUACACUCAGAGAAAGCCUUUGGUGUAAUAAUGUUUGACUUAUGUUUGUUAUUAAAUACGGUAUUUAAUGAAAUUCAUAUGUCAUAAUUAUGUAUACAAUUUUUGUUCUUACUCAAUGGUAUGCGAAGGCUGUGAAGGUGUCUCCACUGCACUGCAAUUCGAACUGAAAGCAAUUAAAAGCAAUUUAAAAGUGAUACAAGUGUUUUAAAUACAAUUCAAUUUUAAACAGUCUGUAGAUAAAAGAAUGGUUUACAUUUAGUAAAUGAAAUACCUUUGCAUUUGAAGUAUGGUGCUGUCCAGCCCACUGCCUAAUCCUACAAUGUUGGGUGAAUUUUCCCCAACAACUGCCAUAACUCGUUCUGUCACCUCAGACAGUUUCACAGGAUUUGUUCCAGAACCUGAAUAAUAAUGGUGUAACAACUCCAUUAAAUUGAUUAUAUGCAAUUAUUUAGCUUGUAACUAUAUUUAUAUAAUAAUCGCUUGUACCAAAAGAUUAAUCUAAUUUUGAAUAUUCACAGAAGUGUUCGAGUUGUUAAAAACAAUUGUUUGUUAAAACUGCACCUACAUAUAUGUGUGUGAUUAUUGUGGUUAUAAACUUUAAAAACAUAAUUGUUGCUUCACGUUUUUUAAAGCAAAAGCAUUUGGCUAAAGAUACAU